AGUGACUGUACAGUGUACAGUACUGUUUGUGCAUUGAAGUAACGUAUAAUAACAUUGUUCUUUUUUCAACAAUCUCCUUAAAAAUGGAUUUAAAUGAAAUGCGCAUAAAAUUUGAUAACGCAAUUCUAUUAUUAAUUGAAUCGAAACGUAAUGACAACAAUUUUUUUUUGAAUAAUGAAGAAUAUUGUGAACGAAUCGAAGAAAUAAAAAAAUCUAAAAUUACAUUAUCUACGGCUGGAGUAAAAAAGUGUACGAAAGACUAUAGGAAUGUUCGUAAGUACGAUAUUCUUGUUAUCAACGGCAAAGAUCGUCUUAUUAAAACUAUAACUAAUGCGUCAGAGGGUGUGCGUUAUUAUGUAAAAAAUGAAGAGUUGUUUGAUAUAAUUCAUUCCACACAUACAGCAAUCGGUCACGGAGGCCGAGACCGAAUGAUGGCUGAACUUAAAUUAAAAUACGCAAAUGUGACAAAGGAAACAAUAAUGGUUUAUUUAAGUCUAUGUUCUGAUUGCCAUAAAAAAUCUUCAAAUCCAAAAAGAGGGCUUGUAUCAAAACCUAUUUUACAUUCGGCAUACAACUCACGUGCUCAACUGGAUUUAAUAGAUAUGCAAUCACAGAGCGUAAAUGAUUUUCGAUUUAUAAUGAAUUACCAAGACCACCUAACAAAGUUCGUUGUUCUUAAACCAUUAAAAACAAAACGUGCGGAAGAAGUUGCACAUAAUUUAUUAGAUAUUUAUACAACAUUUGGAGCACCAGCCAUACUGCACUCAGACAAUGGAAGAGAGUUUGUUAAUAAUACUAUAAACGAACUUCAUGCUAUGUGGGGUGAUGUAAAAAUUGUUCAUGGGAAACCUCGACAUAGUCAGAGCCAGGGCUCUGUCGAACGCGCCAAUCGAGAUGUGGAGGAUAUGUUGGCUACAUGGAUGGCCGAGAACAAAAGUAGUGAUUGGCCGUCUGGAUUAAAAUUUCCUUCCGAAAAAAUCGCGCUUUUCAUUCAGGUAAGAAUAAUUUAA